UCCUAUGGAGUGUUUACAUGCACUCUCAGUCGCAUUGGAAGAGGAAUAAACCACCGCCUUCAAUCCGAUCGAAAUUUCAUUCCGAUCCAGCUCAGUCGGAUCGAUUAGGGUGUUUACAUUAACGUUUUUUAAUCCGAUUGAACCGUCAAUCCGAUUACAAAUUGAUUAUUUGGGUGCAUGUAAACGUAGACUCUCUUCUCUACUGACAAAACCAAUAAAGAAUCAGUCAUCAGCGAAGAACGAAGAAAAACACUUUACAGAAGGAUUUUUGUUCAGUUUGUUUCUGAAUAGACAGUAGAUCUCUGUGAUUCUUGUGGUGAUUCGUUUUUCUAACUGUAGUUCAGAAAGUGAAAGUAAAGUUUAGAUCGCUGGAGCUCAAAGAGUGAAAAUGGCGUCACUAUCUGAAGAUGAUUUUUCUUGUCCUGUAUGUCAGGAAAUCUUCAAGAAUCCUGUUGUUUUAUCAUGUAGUCACAGUGUCUGUAAAGAGUGUCUUCAACAGUUCUGGAGAACCAAGAAGACUCAGGAGUGUCCUGUCUGCAGGAGAAGAUCCUCAAGAGAAGAACCUCCAGUUAAUCUUGUGUUAAAAAACUUGUGUGAGUCGUUCCUGAAGGAGAGAAAUGAGAGGCGUUCAUCAGGAUCUGAGGAGAUCUGCAGUUUACACAGUGAGAAACUCAAACUCUUCUGUCUGGAGGACAAACAGCCGGUGUGUGUAGUGUGUAUGAAUUCACAAAAACACCACAAUCAUAAAUUCAGACCCAUCACUGAAGUGGUUUCGUCAUAUAAGGAGGAGCUCAAUACAGCACUGAAAUCAUUACAGGACAAACUAAAACACAAUGAAGAAAUGAAAGGAGAGUUUGAGAAAACAGCUGAACACAUCAAGUCUCAAGCUGAGCACACAGAGCGUCAGAUUAAACAGGAGUUUGAGAAGCUUCAUCAGUUUCUCAGAGAUGAAGAAGAAGCUACAAUCACUGCACUGAGGGAGGAAGAGGAGCAGAAGAAGCAGAGGAUGAAGGAGAAGCUGGAGGAGAUCAACAGACACAUCUCAGCUCUUUCACACACAAUCAAAGACACGGAGGAGAUGAUGAACACCAGCGACGUCUGCUUUCUGAAGGAGUUUCCAGUCUCAAUGGAAAGAGUCCAGAUCUCACAGCCGGAUCCACAGACGCCUUCUGGAGCUUUGAUUCGAGUGCCGCGUUACUUGGGCAACCUGUCGUUCAGAGUCUGGAAGAAGAUGCAGGACGUCGUCCAGAACACUCCUGUCAUUCUGGAUCCAAACACGGCUCAUCCACAUCUCAUGGUGUCUGAUGAUCUGACCAGUGUGAGAUACAGCGAGAACAAACAACCUGUUCCUGAUAAUCCAGAGAGAUUUGACCAGUGUUUCUGUGUUCUGGGUUCAGAGGGUUUGAGCUCAGGAACACACUGCUGGGAUGUGGAGGUUAAACAGAGUAAAUGCUGGAGAAUUGGAGUAACUACAGCAUCAAACCAGAGGAAGGGACAGGAUUUUUUCAGCACUGGUGUCUGGUGUGUGGAGUAUCAUCAGUAUAGACUGUAUUUAGGUUCUGGUUUUCGUGUUAAACAGGAUCUUGAUCGUGUGAGAGUGAAUCUGGACUAUGACGGAGGAACGGUGUCAUUCUCUGAUCCUGUAACUAACACACAUCUACACACAUUCACAACCACCUUCACUGACACACUCACACCAUUCUUCUAUAAUUAUGAUGAUUCUUUCUCUCUGAAGAUCUUACCUGUCAGUAGUCAGUAAUCUGCAGGUCUGGAUCUUCCUGCUUUCAUCUUUCAUCAUGUUUUAAUAUUUAAUCCAGAUCACAUGAGUAAGAGACUGUUGAUCUGAACAUCAGAUCACAAAACAAGGACAUUUAUUCAUCUUUAAAAAUGAGAAAUUAUCAAAACACGUGAUGAAGGCUUCAAAUAAAUCAUCUUAAUCAUAUCUGACCAAUGACAA